UUACCUGUUGUUGUGAUGUUUUUCUUCGCUAGUAUGAUAUUUGCUUAGCAUCGGUUACAAUAUUAGUAUUUGCCAAAUAAAUAUCACACCUUUUGGGCCAAAACUUCGCUGCUUUCGGAUCGUAAAAAUGAAAAAAAUCUAAAAUUCGCGAAAAAUACCUGAAAAACGAAUGCGAUUUGGAAAUGGAAAUAACAAAAACAGUACCGGCUCAAUGGAACGCCAUUAACCAGCAACUUGAUAGUAAUCGAAGACUUCGGAUCCGCUCUCAGAUAUUAACUUUAUAUGAUCGAUCCCGGUAUACCCGAACCGUUCCAACCUACACAAGAAUCGGUCUAUAGGCAAGAAUCCUUCUGUGUGGAGUGGGUGAGGUGCACAGGUUAUCGGCGACGUUAAAAUAGCUAGACUAGGCCAAGUAGCUAAGGCAAUACAUCCCUUUAAAGUUUUCUUAACAUUAAAAAAAAAAUCGGGAAGAAAUUCUUUUAUUGGUCGUGUGAGAAGUCCCCACUCUGUCUACCGUGCAUUAUGCUCAAUUGAAUGAGUGUUGUCCCCAUUGGGUUUAACGAUCAAGGAAGCUUUGGGAGUAGACAACGUUCUCCAGGCGGAAGUACUGGCGAUAUGUUUUCUCGUUUGGCCAGUGCAAUUUGAUGUUGCCGCUUGUAAGUUCUUUGGUGCUGAUGAUGUGAUGCUCCUUAACUAGGACCAAGAUGUCGCAGUCAGGGUGCUUUCAGAAAUCCUCUCCCAAGUCAUGACGCGCCUUGCGGUAGCCAUCAGCAAUAGUGAAACACCAUAGGUUUUCCAGAGUGCAAUAGUGCAGAGUCUGAUUACCUUACUAAGGAUAAGUCCAUAAUUUUCAGCUUGUAUCUUUGGAAUCCUCGCAUCAGUUGGAGAAGGCGAGCAUUCUGUCGAAGAGUGUAUGUCUAUUCCAGAAAUCAAUGAAAAACCACUUUAAGUAGCCUAAAUUUUAACUAUGAGGUCAGUCUCUAUCCUAGGCACGCAUUUUGGUAACAAGAUAGUUAUCGGCCUACAAAUUUCUAUCUCUCUUAGUCACCUUGAACGGCAAGCUGGGAAUGAGUGUAUUCUUACGCCCAAGCUCGAAGGCUCGGAUUUGGUUAGCUGAUUUCUGGCUUCCCGGAAGUAUUCCUGGAACAGAGUGUUCUCUAAUCUCUUCAACUGUUCUGCCUACGUCUUUUGGCAUUUUAGGCAGGUAAUUGCAAUGAUUCUACCUUUUUACUACAUCCUUUUCGUGUUUAACACGGACCUGAGUAGACAGACGGCUUGUUGUUAUGUUGGAAUAUAUCAGAACUUUUUUGUCCAUGGAUUCUACGUUUUAAGAAAAUAGUGUGAGUAAUCCGAAUUUAGAAUUCCUGGAAUUCAUUUUUCUGUUGGCUGUAAUCAUAAAUUUGCGUAUUAUCUAUAUCUUCAAGUCUUCUUUAUUAUCUAUAUCUUCACCUGACUAACCAUAAUCAAAAGUAUUACGCAGAGUUACGUAAUUUUAAUGUUGCAAAAUGUUUAAUGCAUAUCAACAGGAAAAUUUGUGUGCAAAGAAUUAUCUUUAUCUAACGUCAUUAUAAUUGUGACCAUAUUGGCCUGGUGCUUUCCCCAAUGCUUCUAAGAUAGAACUAUCUGGACAUACACGGUUGUGGCUGGUUAUCAGUGAAUAUAGAUAAUUCGUCUGUAGAUACCCAAAGAAUCUAGUUUAAAAGUGGAGCUGUCUGGAACUGGAAAUUAUCAGAAAGUUUUCAAGUGGAAGAAGACUCAGAAGUGAUUUUGUUCAAAGAAUCCUGUGAAUAUCUUUUUAAAAAUUUUGGAUAGGUAGGGAAAUUUUAAGACCAAAAUGACUGCCAACGGAGAUUGUAAUGGAGACAUGAAAACAAUUAGCCCCUGUGAGGAUGCGUCGGACUUGAUUAAUAAGGAUCUUUUUGUCGAUGUAUUAGAAAAACAAUUCGCAAAAUGUACUCUAAAAAAGUUUGAAUCCGUAAAAAGUUCAGAAGGUUGUGAGAAUUAUAUGUCCUUGAUGUUUCGUGUUAACAUAGAUAUGGAAAAGGAAGAUGGAACACCAACCACAGCUAAAUUCAUAGUAAAAGUGAUGCCACCCAACGAUCCAAGUGCCGAGUUCAAAAAAAAUCUUCAGGUGUAUUCAAAAGAGGUUGAAAUGUAUACCAAAGUUAUCCCGAAAUUUCAAGAAAUUUUCCAUGAAAACAACAUAGAAGUCGAGUUCGCACCUAAAUUUUGGAAAACUGUGGAAGAGCAUGAAAUUUUAAUAAUGGAGGAUCUAAAAGCACGCAAAUUUGAGAACAUAAAUCGAAUACAGGGAAUGGACAUGCAACAUGCAGAACUAGUCCUCGGAAAAAUAGCACAAUUUCAUGCUGCAUCGGCUUGCAUUUAUGAAAGGGAUGGUAAGUAUUCACCUCAAUUAAUGGAUGAAACACUUCGUGAGGCAAAAGAAGAAGGAUUCCGAAAGAUACAGCCAAUCCUUUGGGCUAUGAUAUGUAGUCAUUUUCGACAGUGGCAUAGUUGUCAGGAGUAUGUAGAGAUGAUGGAAGGCUUGAAGGAUCGAAUUGCGGACGUAUACAUAGAAGCGUUCAAAAGAGAUUCAAAUGAGUUCAAUGUUCUCUUACAUGGUGACCUUUGGGCUAAUAAUAUAAUGUUCCAACAUGACGACAAUGGCAAAGCAAAAGAAGUCCUUUUCGUAGACCUUCAGAUUUCUCGCUAUGGAAGUCCUGCUCAUGAUCUGAUAUAUUUCAUAGUUUCAUCAACCGAAAAUUCAAUAAAAACCAAAGAAUUUGAUCACUUCAUCAAAUUUUAUCAUACAGAGUUGGUGAAGAAUCUGAAGCUUCUAAAGUACCCGAAACCAAUACCGAAACUCAUCGAUUUACAUAUUGCGGUGUUGAAAAGGUGCUUCCUCGGUAUUGCAACAUCUGUCGGAGCUAUGGCAGCUGCACUUCAAGAUCCCAACGAUAAUGCUGACAUUUCGUUUUUCAUGGCACAGUCUGAGGAAGCAAAACAGUUCAGAAAAAACUUUUAUAUGAACCCAAGGCUGAUAAGGGCUUGUGAACUUACGUUACCAUUUUUCUGUAAUAAAGAAAUUAGUGAAGUACCAACUGUGGUCCACUUACACAGCGGCAUUCCUGUGGUCAUACAUAUGAUGAGGCGCGAGCGGAUUAACGAGGAUUCGUCCGCACUCCCCACCAGAAUAAUACAAUUCACCACGAAGUGAAACUCACAAAGUACAUCACUAUUGCCAUCAAUAAAGUUGCAGUCUGCGCAAGCACAAUCGCCCGGCAAGCAGCUGCAAUAAUCGCAGGCACAGCGUCUACAACACCUUGUUUGGAUGCGUAAUGUUCUAACUCACACAUCGUACGAAUAAUGUUUACCUUGACAUUGCCAAACUUUUUUUGCAAUUGAAGGGAAACCAAUCAGGAUUCACGCCACCGCUUGGACGGCCUCUCCAGAACAUCAAUCCACCGUCCAUUAGCACUAAACGACGCUUCCCCCGAAUCGAAGCCAAGCUCAUCCGAAGCUGCAGGACAUUCAGGGCAUCCAACAAUAGGAUGCGGUUCGCCUC